AGCGUCGACAGAGAGAGGCCAUUCACCGGGCGGGACCGAUGGCUGCUCGUGCUCCCCCCAGUCUCCCUCACGUCUCCAGUCUUAUGGACAGCGGGCUGGAUGACAUCAAAGUCCCCAGUUUACAGCCCCUGUCACCCACCAAGGGCCCCUCGCCCGCCCUUCCCAGCAUCAAGAAGACCCAGGUGGCAGGGACGGUGACUAGCAUGCUCAUGGAUCAGGGCGUGGACAACCUGCCCAUCCCCGUAUUGGAACCACAGCGAGUGAGUACUCGUUUCAGUGCCCCCCCUACUACCACUCAGGUUGAAUGUCCGAGGUUAACCCGCCGCGUGCAAUUUAAGAACCAACCUUUUGAGAACAUGAAUACUCCUCAACCGGUGCCCUGGGACGGGAAGGUCAGAUGGGCCUUGAGAGGCUGCAGUGUCUUUGAUAACCCUGACGACGAGAUGGAAGCGUUGCUGUACCGCCCAAACAUAGUCGCUAAAGAGUCCCCGGUAGAGCUUUGGGUGUUUCAGUAUGGCCUACGCUAUAUCCCCGCCAAGCACGAACGGGAUGUGUAUCGGGCUAUCACCAUUGAGAAACUGCCGUCGGACGUGACCAUGAAGCAAAUCUUGCCUCUUAUCGACGGCGAAAUCUACUCAGCUCAUCUCCUUGAUACCGUGCCCAUUACUGGAUAUAGCACCGCGCUCGUGACGUUUGUGAGCCAGACGGAUACCCUUCGCUUUUUACAGUCCUCAGGAGGCAAGCUCACGGUGGGGGCGGCACAGGCCAAAGUCACUCUGGUUCCGACUCCUACUUAUCCCAUGAGCGCGGGGAUGGCACGGCUGGUCCGGGACGGGGGCAAUACACGAUGCAUCUGUGUUUCGGGUCUUCGAGAGACUUUGAAGGGGGAACUCCACCGUGUCUUGGGCAAAUCGCCCUACAUCAAUUAUCUCGAGUGUAUGGAAGACGGAGGGGUAGCAGGCGAGGUGAACAUUCAGUUCCAUUCGAUUAAGAUGGCGAUUGCAGCACAUGCGAUGCUAAAGUGUCAUCCCAACUUUUCGGGCUGUAAGUUCCGGUUUCUGGAGGGGGUGAGACCGACGGCGCAGCGGCCUUGUAUUGGGAUCUGGGAUUGAAUAUCCGGCAAUCUCCGUCUCUCCAUGAUCACGGCUUCUAGCUAGUUACCUACUUGUACCUUUUCUUUAAAAUGCUCACUGCUGGAUUAAACAGUCAGGUGAUUAUCCAGCCAUUCGACUUUUCCCAGAUCUGACGUACUCAUGGUGCAUACACUAUAGACAGUCCCCGCAAA